AUAUCGACGGCAGCUAUGAACCCCUUCCGUUCCGCGAUACCUGUUGUUGAGUCGUAUCUGUUCAACAAGAAGACACUCGGCGAGCUUCCUCCUGAAGCCAUACAGUAUCUCAUCGAUGUCGCGGCAUCGUACGGUCUGAUCUUGCCGCCCAUCACUCACACCGCCAUCGAGCAACGCAACCUCAUUCGCAACCUUUCCCUCCAGCUCUCUGAUAUCGACAACAAGAUCAUGGACUGCAGGCGAAGUGCAGUAAAUGUCCCGCCGCCACGAUCCCAAAAGGAUACCCUAAUGCCCACCUUGACUCCCAUGCACGUAUGGUGGCGGGAGGUGUUCAAGCUCGACGACCCGCACAUGCUCGAAAUUGUACGCCUCCUCUCGCAGCGUACAAAGAUCCUACGCGACUUCAUCAUGCGCUUCGACGCGCUCGUGUGGAAUGAGCUCCAGGGAAGCACGCUUGUUGCAAGUAACAUGAUAACGGAAGUUCGCACCAAAUUACUGUGGACGGUCCUCCUGGCGGCACAGCUCUCGCUGCGAAGCGUGCAGGAAUUCGUGGAGCGUGGAACGAAGCCAUCAGAAGAGGCGAAUUGGUUUACCGGCGCGAUUUCGGCCCUGCAGACGUGCAGAGCGAAGUAUUGUCUCCCUAUUUGUGCCGAUGUUCAGCCCUGGCCCACCUCGGUUACGCUCGCCGACUCGCUACAUGACAACGCAACGAAAAGGAGAAGCAACCCGUCGACGCGUCUCGCUACUGCUCGUCGUCCUUCAGCCAGGCUUUAUGUGCGCACUAAGGGCUAG